UUGUCAUCGGUGCGUCCGGCGUCGGAAAGACGAGCCUGCGCAACCAGGCGAGUAUGCACGCGUAUGUCUCCGGACGCUUCACGACUGGCUAUCGCGCGACUAUUGGAGCCGACUUCAUCACCAAGACCCUGCCGCACUACAGCUCUCAAGAGGAGACCGUAACGCUGCAAAUAUGGGACACAGCAGGCCAGGAGCGCUUCUCGAGCCUCUCAUCUGCGUUCUUCCGCGGCGCAGAUGCCGCGGCGCUCAUGUUCGACGUGAAUCAGCCUGAGACGCUACACGCCCUCACAAAGUGGUGGGCCGACUUCCGUGAGAAGGCCCCCGUCCCGGAUGACGAGGCUGAGGACUUUUGCUGCGUCGUCGUCGGGAACAAGGUAGACUUG